AUGGAUUCCGGAACGCAUGAACAAGUUCAAGCGAUUUUAUUCACUUCGACGCAUUUAACGCAUUCAGUAUCAUCAACAUUCGUCUCUGUUUGGAUUAUUUUACGUUUUCUAUCUGAAAUACGAAAUCCCCAAAUAGUCCCACAACUGAUUCAAGGACAAAAAAUAGUCACGAAUUGGAUACAAAUAAGUAGUCGAGGUGUAUCUUUAAGUUGCAUAUUACUCUCGCUAUCAUUUGAAAUCAUAGCUGAUUGGAGUACAGUUAUUUAUGAAUCAACACUUGCAACAGAUGAGAAUAACACGUUCGCAUCAACAUUAUGGACACUUUCUUUAGCAUUUAAGUCUUCUGCAAUUUUCACAACUUUAUCCUGGUACUACACUCUCACCACUUCUCUCUCCAAAGAGCCAAUUAUCUCGAGGAGAGAAUAUCAAUUUUAUGGAUAUUUCAACGGAUUCAGUUUUUUUGUCGCUUAUCCGAUAAUCGAAAUUUUAUGCGUGUUGCGGGCCGAAUCAAUAGGUGACGCGAUGAUUGCGCCGCAAUUGUUUUACGUUUCACAAAUGGUUAUUGCGACUUUAGUUUUUUGCAAGUUAAAUCGACGAAUGAAGGUUGUGUUGACCGAGGGACUGCUGGUUGGUCGAAAAUCUAUUCGCGAAAUAAGACGAUUUCGAAUGCGAAAUUGGUAUUUGAUAAGUUUUUUGUCAUUGGAAAUCAUAGGACUAAUGAUCAGUAAUAUUGAUCAAAUACUCGGAAAACCAAUCUCUGCAAAUUCUGUCGCAUUAUCAACAAUUAUCCAUUCUGUUAUAAACCUCAGUUCGAAUUUAGCCUAUGCAGCUGCAACAUUAAUUCUUUACCCGCCACAUGACUACCCACCACUACUUGCCCUACCGACUCCAACAAAUGUAUCAUUACACGAAAAACGUGAUUCACAGACAAGCGCAAACGCAAGACAAGGAUAUUUCUCAUCAAACCCCAUAACUACAUCAACCAGACACAAUUGGUACUUCAAUCGACUUAAUAAUAUCAACAACCAUAAUCUCAAUAGCAAUAGCAAUAGCAAUAAUAGUUCGCAUAUUUCAAUGUUUUCUAUGAAUCCAAAACAAAUUCGACCAGUGGUGGUGGUGCAGGAAGAAUAUGACGGUGACGACGUGUUAUCAGAUGAAGAAUUUUGUGUGGGGAACGAAGGGUCAGAGCAUAUGCUAUAUGGAAACAACAAUGGCGGUGGUUUGAAGCAACCGGAAGCUGCAUUCAUGACGUUGAAUCGCGAAAAAAGCGAGUUCUCUUCGUCAGGGAUUGCAUUAUAA